AUGGGCUACUUCCAGUUUAUUGUAGCAUUCUCGUCGUUGUCCUUCUCGGUGCAGGGCACUCUCGGGCAUUCCCUCCGCGGUCAUAGUCAUUACUCCCACUCGCACUUGCAUUGGCAUCAAGCACGCGACUCCGAUGCCAGUUCAUUUCAACUAGUACCGAGUCAGGCAUUUAGCAGUUCUAAUCUCACGCAGAGCUGCCAAGAUGCCCUAUACGCUGCUCUGGAGUGCGAUAGCUAUGUCUCCAAGCUUGGAGAACCGGUCUGGCAUGGUAGUCUGGAAAAUACAAGCUUGACUGACACCGUGUGCUCGACUGAAUGUGGCCUGUCUCUGUUGACCCUCCAUGACCAAGUUGUGGCUCAAUGUGGCACAGAUGCAACUAUCGCACAGGGAAUUCCGGCUCUUUCCGUGAUUGAUAGCGUCUGGACAGGCUGGAAUGAAACGUGCUUGAAGAGUGCAAACGGCACCUACUGUAAUGAUAUUAUCGAUUCUUGGGAUUCGGCGUCUGACUUGAGCGAUGUGCCCAGGUCGGAUAUUUGUGACGAAUGCUGGAUUAGGAAGUUAAAAAUGAUGCAGCGGUCCCCGUAUUCGGCUUAUAACGAGCCUUACGAGACUAUGCUCAAUUAUUCAGUUUCAGUCUGCAACCUUACGGGUGUGGAAACAGAACCGACUUCUGGAGGCAUUGCUAUACCUGCAGCCGACCCCACUUGCUCAACAGAUACAUGGUACACGGUUCAAAAAGGAGACACGUGUGAUUCUAUCGCCAUAGCUCACUCUUUCUCCUCCUCAACCCUGUAUCAAAUCAAUCCGACUUUGUAUAACUGCAGUGAUCCAACCGUGGGGCUCGACCUGUGCCUACCAUUAGCAUGCGAGUAUAUCUACCAGGUUACUGCAGCUGACAAUUGCUCCACAAUUGCUGCUACCAUCGGCACACCGUGGAUGAAGCUUGUAGCAUAUAAUGGCAUGAUCGAAAGCGAUUGCUCGAAUAUAGCCGAUACAGCACUUCUAGGUGGAGUGAGAUGUGUUUCUCCUCCCGGAGGAGCUUUCAAUCUAACAGUUUCGUCCAAUUCGAGCUCAGAGUCAGGCAUAGAUGGACAGGGAGGAUCUGGAUCAGGAUAUGGUACCAGUUUCGUUGCUUUGCCAAAUGAUGUCACGCUAGCUGAUGGGACCACCACCGACUGUGGCCAGUAUUAUACCGUGGUAUCGGGUGACAGUUGCGUGUCGGUCUUGGCCCAGGCAAAUACGCCGUUCAACUUAUUCAUGGCUGCAAACCCUUCCAUCUCAUCCGCGUCGACCUGUGACGGAGAACUGAAGGUUGGAGUUACAUAUUGUAUUCACCCUAUGAGUGGCUUCAAUGCGACUGACAUAAAUGGCAACUUGACUAUUUCGACGAAUGGACUAUGUGGCAAUGGCACCACCUGUCUGGGAUCAUCGUUCGGAGACUGCUGUUCUAUCUCCGGGUAUUGCGGCAGCACCGCAGACUAUUGCACGGCCGGGCUCUGCGAUUCUUCCUACGGCCUAUGUGUUUCAGGCAACCCUGUUUCCCUAGAUGGCCUCUUCAGUUUGGGUCUUGUUGCUCGCUUGAUGGAUAUUGUGGUGAUACAUCCGACUACUUUACCUACAAGUCAUGUCAGAGUGCUUUCGGAAGUUGUGAGGAAGCACCCACGAUCAGCUCUGAUGGCUUAUGCGGUGCCCUCUCUUCGGUCAACGCCACCUGCGCGGGUAGUUCAUUCGGGAACUGUUGUUCGAUUAACGGAUAUUGUGGGAGCACGUCGGACUACUGUGCUUAUACUAGCUGUCAAACAGCAUUUGGCACAUGUGAUUCUGGACCUAUCAUCAGUUCGGAUGGCUUGUGUGGAGCACUUUCUUCUAAUGCAACAUGUGCGGGUAGCGCUUUCGGAGACUGCUGUUCAGUCAAUGGCUACUGUGGAAGCACUGACGAUUACUGCGGGAUUGACUCCUGUGACUCCUCAUUUGGCACUUGUGAUACUGUUACUGUGAGCCCUGAUGGGCUCUGUGGUUCCAUGUCCUCUGUCAAUGCAAGCUGUGCUGGCAGCCAAUUCGGCGAUUGCUGCUCCACGAGCGGCUAUUGUGGCAGCACAGAUGCAUACUGUGGUGUUGGUCAGUGCCAGUCGGCAUUUGGAAGCUGCACUGAGCAGCCAAUUAGUUCCGAUGGCCUUUGCGGCUUUAUGUCCUCAAAUAGCGCCACGUGCCUGGGCAGUCAGUUCGGUAAUUGCUGUUCGGUAAACGGAUACUGUGGCAGCUCAGAUGCCUAUUGUGCAGCAGCAAAUUGCUUGUCAGUAU